CAGUCACUUUUAAAGCUUCGGACGUCAUCGUUCACGUGGUAGGUUUAUUCCUCAUUUAGAUACAAGCUCCGACACUAUUGUAUUCAAACAGUGCGUUGCGCAGGACUGGAAAAAAGCUUCGGAAUCACCUGCCCAUCUCUACCUAAAAUGGUAAACUAAAUGGCAGACAGGAACACAACACUAAAGUCAACAGAGAAGAUGGAGGAAACAGCCCAUGUGUCCAAUGGAGCAGGGCUGGUAUAUGAAGAAAAAGAAGACAACCUUGGACCCGAGGAUCUGUCUGAGGUGCUGGCAGCAGGGACCAAGGAGGUUCAUGAAAAGGCUGAGAACACCCAGUUUGUGAAAGAUUUCCUCAGGGGACGCAUCCGUAAAGAGCUCUUCAAGCUUGGCGCCGUGGCACUCUACUAUACAUAUACAGCCAUGGAGGAGGAGAUUGAAAGGAACAAAGACCACCCCCACUUUGCCCCUCUAUAUUUUCCGUCAGAGCUGCACCGCCACGAGGCCCUGGCCCGUGACCUCGAGUACUUUUACGGCCCCGACUGGCAGAGCCAGGUCAGCUGCUCCCAGGCCACCCAACGCUACGUAGACCGUAUUCAUCAAGUAGGGCAGGAGGACCCAGUGCUGCUGGUGGCCCACGCCUACACCCGCUACAUGGGGGACCUGUCCGGGGGCCAGGUGCUAAAGAAGGUGGCGCAGAGAGCCAUGAAGCUGCCGCCCACCGGGGAGGGCUUGGAAUUCUAUCAGUUUGAUGGCAUCCAUAGUGCCAAAGCAUUCAAGCAGCUGUACCGUAGUCGGAUGAACGAGUUGGAACUGGACAUGGAAACAAAGAAGAGGCUGGUAGAAGAGGCUGUCAAGGCCUUUCACUUCAACAUGGAGGUGUUUGAGGAGUUGGACGAGAUCGGUAAAACCAUCCGGGAGGAUACUUUAGAUGCUGGCAUGCCCGUCCAUGGGGCUGGUGGAGACAUCAGCAAGUGUCCCUACUAUGCUGCCAAGACAGCGGCGUCGGGUGGAACAGCAUACGCCUGCCAGCUUGCCAUGGCCGUACUCCGACACCCAACAGGACAGGUCCUGUUUGCUACUUGGUUUGCUGCUCUGGCUGGAUUGGCUGCAUGGUAUCUGAUGUGAUCCAGCUGUGAGGGAGAGGGAGGAGAACCAUAGGAAGGAAGGACAGUAAGGAGACCAGAAAACUCCCACAAGCUGUGCACCAUUUGAUAGUUCCAUGCAAACAUUCUGAACGGGUCCAGGUUUAUUUAAUGUUACACGUUUGCUGCUAAUAAGAUUAGCUGACAGGAAAUAAACUUAGAUGCUAUCAAUAGAAUUCUGAUAAAAUGAUCUGUGGGAACAUUCGAUCCAUCCAUCCAUUCAUCCAUCCAUCAAGCCACAUCUUGUUACCAUUCAUCCACCCGGCUUUUUAUUUCUUUACUAUCCCUCCAUCCUGUUUCCUUCCUACGCGUUUGGUCAUAUCACAAGACCUUCUUAAAGCUGUUUUCUGAUCGUCAUGGAAGCACACAGUGUUAAUUUGUUGUGAAAUUACAUAUUCUCCCAGUUUGAAAUGAAACUGCAAGAUUGAUAAAGCAUAAUGACUUUUCUAUAAACUGCCCAUGUAUAAUUGGCUAGACAGUAAUUAAUCAGUUACUAAUGAUGAAUGGAUUAGCAAAAUGAAUUAAUGAUAACAGUAGAAAAACCUACUAUGCAUAUAUUAUGCAGUAUGUAUACUGCUGACUGCUGUGCUGAUUUGGAACGAGACCUUUGUGUUUUUGCAAAGAUAAUGUACAGUGUUGUUCUUCUUUAAGUUCAUUUUCACGGUUCAUGAUUCAAACAUGGCCUCAGAUGUUACCAAAAAGUCUGUUCAGGUGUACUGUGGGACAGAGGAUAUUCAUUUUUCAAAAUUUAGCAAACCUGCACUUUGACAAGCGUUUGAUUCAUAAACUUCUUUCAGAUACUAGAAUAUACUGGAUAUUUGAUUAUCCACUGAUGCAUGUUCAGAUGUACUAUUUCUCUGUUGAAUGAUAUGAAAUGGCAUCUUGUAUUUCUAAAAACCUGCCUGUUUAAAUGCAUAGCUUAACCACCAAAUGAAGGAUCAAUUUGACCUGCUACAUGAGCCUAUAUUAGGACAAAGCUGUUCCCAGAGGGGAUUGCAGCUGUUUUAUAAGAAAAUUGCCCUUUGUAAUGUUAAAUGUAUUCAUGAAUAAUCUUCAUGAAGGCUAUAUGUGUCUGAAUGUUGUGGUUUACUAUGAACUACUUCAGGUACAUAUAGGUUUGGCCUUCAGCAGCUCAGCUCUUAUGGAUUUAGUAUGCAUCCUCACUAAAACUGUAAUCAUCAGUAAUAUUUGUUUGUACUGUAUGUUGGGAACAACUUUCCCAGUAGGGCACAACUUUAACAUAAAUAAGGAGGACUAUAUUGUGCUGUGUGUACUGUAUGCAGUGUAAUUGCACUGUUUUGAAGUUUAAUUUUAUUCUGACACAGUAAUGACAUUUUAUCAACUUAGCUUUGUCUUUCCGAGCAGUUUAUUUUUUUGUUGCUUGAAAUUAAUUAACACAUAGUACCUAAAGUAACCUACUGACGACAUUAUAACCAGUUUCACGUGCUGUGUGUAUUUGCACAACACCUUCGCACAGUAUUUUGAUCAGCAAAACCCGUUUCUGUUAAGACGUGGAAACCUAAGUGACGAUGCGUUUAGUAUUUGAGAGUCUCAGGUUCAUUCUGCAGUUACAUGGCAAUACAACGCAUUGCAUGUGGAGGAUUAAGACAGGGACUGGCCUAUUAUACUGUAGUUCAAUGUCCAUAUUUUAUAUUUAGGUUCCAAUUUCUUUUGAUGCCAGUGUGACGUGUCAAAAUACUACAGUAUUUUUGGACGUACUGAGGGAACGCCUACUUGAAUUUCAGGAGUACAAGUAACCUUAGAUUAAAGAGAGUGGGAUACUUGACUAAUUCAUGUUGAUUUUGAAUUCUGUUGCGUUUCCAUUAACUAUGCAGUUAAUUCCUUUGUGUACAUCUAUCUGGACAAAGCUUUAUAGUGUUUGGCUUGAAUACUCUUAUUGUAUGAGAGAUAAAGUGCAGGAGAAUGCUGUGCUGUGUAUAAUAGAAUGCAUUUUGUUUUCCUGCUAAGGCUGAAAUAAAGGUAAUUGAUUUGGA